CCUGCGAAUGCGCGCUUCAAUUUCGCGGCUAUGGUGUGAAAACAGUUGAUCAGUCCAAGUAUGGCCGCGUUCAAACGUAACACGUGUGCUGCCGCUUGCGCGUGUCAUGCUUGCUCCAGAAUUUGCUUCGCUAUCGAUCAGAUCUUUUGCACUAUGCGUGUCUACGGUUGGAUGUUGGAUGCUUACGUCGUGGACUUUUUUCAAGAAAAUUUGUGGAGUAAAUUGCCAAGUAGUUGGCAGGACAUUUUGGAUGGCGUGAUGCCUGAAGAGUUAGGUCAGUGGAUCCUCGAAGAAUCUGGAAACAAGCGUGUUUGGCCACUAUCAUUGUUGGCACUCAGAGUUCUUAUUAAUAAUAUACAGAUACCCAGAGAUUACAAAAGAGAUGCCGCAAUUAGAUGCUUCUCAAACGUCCGUCAAACUCAAAAAACCAACUCAAAAGAGAACGAUCAAGUCUCAGCGAAGGACCAACGAUUUGAUAAUUUAUUCAAAAAGCACGUGAAAACAAAGAAGAGAUACGAAAUCGACGUCAUAUCCAAGAUAGCAGCUGAUUGCGCUAGCAAAGCCGGAUGCACGUGUGUCGUUGACGUGGGUGCUGGCAUGGGUCAUUUGGCUCGAGUUUUGGCUUACAGGUACGAUCUAAAGGUUACAUGCGUCGAACAAAACCCAGCAUUACUCGAAGGUGCUAGAAAAUGGGAUAAGCAAUUGGCCGAAUCGUUAGGAAAGUAUUUGUCGGACUUUCGCGAAAGAAAGCCACCGCAUCAGCUCGCCGUACGAGUAGAAGCGUCGAGUUCAGCGAGACGACAGUUAGCCGAGCAAUUGACGCUAAGCUUCGGCGCCGAAGAGUUCGACGGUUUUGGUCUAAUUGGUUUGCAUCCGUGUGGUGAUUUGGCUGCAACCCUUCUGCGAUUUUACAGCAACGAGCAGAGCGUCAAAUUCAUUUGCAUCGUUGGUUGCUGUUAUAUGAAACUGACGCUCAGGUUCGUUACCGGAGAUGUAGAGAAAGGGUAUCCAAUGAGUCAACAUGUGACAACUAGAGGUGGCAAUAAUCAAUUGUCUUACGCUGCAUUAGAGGUUGCGUGUCAUGCUUUGGAGAAACAUUGUGAUAAGUUGAAAACCAACGAUUUUUACGACUUGAUUGUUCAUGCAUAUCGAGCUGUUCUGGAGUUCUUGCUGGUUGAGAAAAAUCCUGCUUUGCGGCGGAGGCAGCUGAAAAAUACUAAAGUCAAAGAUAAUACUGAAUUCAAAGAGUACUGUAAAGUUGCUACUGAAGUUUUGGAUCCAAAAGAUCGACCAACUGAUUUGGAUUACGAGAGAACUGACGUCAAAGACUUUUUAAAACAGUGGAAGCGAGUUUUAAUAUUUAGCUCUUUACGAUUAUUCCUUGCGCCAUUGGUUGAAACUCUAGUUUUAUUUGAUCGAUUUUUGUAUCUGUCAGAAAUGCAAUUAUCUCCAUCUUUAAAAGCGGAAUUUGACUCUAGAAUUUCACCUCGCAACUUUGUUCUUUCGUCUGUUAAGAAAAAAAAAUGAGAUAUUUUUAAUAAUCCAAUGAUAAUAUUAAAAUACAAGACAAUUAUUUUUCAAGCUUUAUUAUAAAUUUUUGAAUAAAUUAUA